GUGGAAUUGUAUGAAGUAACUUUUUGGGUUUAUUUCUUUUUAAACUAAUAUAAAGAGAAAACUUUAUAUUAGUCCUUGCCUCUGUCCAACUCCAUAUUAGAAAUGGAAGUAACUGGGACCCCCAGCUAUUAUAGUGACAAGAACUGUACAAUAGAAAACUUCAAGAGGGACUUUUACCCUAUCAUCUACCUGAUAAUAUUUGUCUGGGGAGCCUUGGGAAAUGGCUUUUCCAUAUAUGUCUUCCUACAGACUUACAAGAAGUCCACAUCUGUGAAUGUUUUCAUGCUCAACCUGGCCAUUUCAGAUUUCCUAUUCAUAAGCACCCUGCCCUUCAGAGCUCACUAUAAUUUCAGUGGUCCCCAUUGGAUAUUUGGGGACUGGGCCUGCAGAAUUAUGUCUUAUUCUUUAUAUGUCAACAUGUAUACUAGCAUUUAUUUCCUAACUGUGCUGAGUGUUGUGCGCUUCCUGGCCACUGCCCACCCCUUCCAGAUGCUCCAUGUCACCAGCAUCAGGAGUGCCUGGAUCCUCUGUGGGGUUAUAUGGGUCUUCAUCAUGGCUUCCUCAGGACCGCUUCUGAAGCAUGGCCAAGAGAAGAAAAAUAACACUACAUUGUGCUUUGAGCUGAAUCUCCAAAAGUUUAAAAAUCUCAUCAUCUUGAACUACAUUGCAUUAGGGGUGGGCUUCUUGCUUCCAUUUUUCAUACUCACCAUCUGCUACCUGUUGAUCAUCCGGGUCUUGUUAAAGGUGGAGAUUCCAGAAUCAGGUCCACGGGAUGCUCAGAGGAAGGCGCUGACCACUAUCGUCAUUGCCAUGAUCAUCUUCCUCCUCUGUUUUCUGCCAUACCAUGCACUGCGGACCAUCCACUUGGUCACAUGGGAUGCAGAUUCAUGUAUGGAUGAAUUACAUAAGGCCACGGUCAUCUCUCUGACCUUGGCUGCAGCCAACAGCUGCUUCAAUCCCUUUCUCUAUUAUUUUGCUGGAGAGAAUUUCAAAGCGCGAUUAAGGGCUAUAUUUAGCAAAGAUCAUCUAUAGAAAGCAAAGUCAAAGUGCAGCCUUCCUAUUUGUGUAUAACUGAAGACCAGAGUUAAGAGCAUAAGGGGCUGUUCUGCAGGUACGCUCAUGAACACUGGUGUCCACCUUCACUCACUC